AUGGCUGCCUGCCUCCGAGCAGGCAACCGGAUCCCCACGCCAGGCGGACAGGACAGUCUCGGACGCAGGAGCGGUGGCAGCGAUCCCAGCAGAUCUUCCCUGAAGCGGUUUGGUGUGGAUCUCCUCCGGCCGGGUUGUGAUGAGCUACCCGUGCCCGAGGCCGCAGCGACAUUAGUACAGGCUGUGCUGAAUGUUCUACAGAUGGAAACAAAUGAACAAUAUUCUCCCAAUUAUCAGCUCUUACUGCUUUGGGCUUCUCUGUCUAAUGUUGUUCCGGUUGCAUUUUGGACACUUGCGUUUGUCUUUUCUCAUCCCAACAUCCACAAGGCCAUUAUGGAAGGUAUAUCCUCUGUGUUCGGCACACCAGGCAAAGGUAAGCUCAAAGUGUCUGAAGAUGAUUUGAAGAAACUCCUUCUGAUUAAAUGGUGUGCUUUGGAAGCCAUUCGUUUACGAUCCCCUGGUGUCAUUACCAGAAAAGUGGUGGCACCAGUUAAAAUUUUGAAUUACAUCAUUCCUUCUGGUGACUUUUUGAUGUUGUCUCCAUUUUGGCUACAUAGAAAUCCAAAGUAUUUUCCUGAACCUGAAUUGUUCAAACCUGAACGUUGGGAAAAGGCAAAUUUAGAGAAGCAUGCGUUCUUGGACUGCUUCCUGGCAUUUGGAAGCGGGAAGUUCCAGUGUCCUGGAAGGUGGUUUGCUCUGUUAGAGAUUCAAAUAUUUGUUAUUUUAAUGCUUUAUAAAUAUGACUGUAGUCUUCUGGAUUCAUUACCUAAGCAGAGUUCUCUACACAUAUUGGGUAUCCCCCAGCCAGAAGGGCAAUGCCGAAUUGAAUAUAAACAAAGAAUGUGACAACCGUUGGGCCUCCAGAGGGUCAGGGCCUUCUGGACGAGUGACGUCACCCCAUCCAUCCGCUCACCUGGCAGCAUUCAGACCUGAGCUCUGCUAAAACACACGACUUCACUUUGCUUUAGGACUUAGCUCAAGAAAAUGUUCAAAUGGUAUAUGUGUUUGGUACCUUGAAUGGUAAAUCAAGACUCUGAUGUCACUCUCAGUGACAUAGAGAUCUGAAUACGUGAUUUAUAGAAAAUGUUUAAGUCAUCAAAAAAGCAUUUUAAGAAGUUGGAAUUUGGUGUCAUGAAUAACUGUAUUAGAACCUUAAGUAGUAAUAAUGUCACUUGAAUGAAAAUCUUAGCACAUUACAUUUACUGUAAAGGCAAUAUAUUUAAAUUUCUAUUUUGAAAAGACUAAAAUUUCUUGAUUCUUAAAAAAUGCUAAAUGAUAAUAUCUAGAAAUUUUCUAUUUUUCUCACUAUGAUUCCAACUAGCAAUUGAAAUUUUUAAGCUCUGUAAUGUCAUUUGCUAUAGUAGACAUGCUAUUGCUAAAAAU